AUGAAGCAGUUCGGAAGUCCAGCCUCAAGUCUGAUCAUCAGCCCCACCAUGAACUCUGUGACCUGGAUCUACUUUUCAGUGACCUUCCUGGCCAUGGCCACCUGUGUGUGGGGGAUGGCAGGCAACGGCGCGGUGAUUUGGCUGCUGAGCUUGCGCGUGCAGAGGUCCCCCUUCUGCGUCUAUGUGCUGAACCUGGCGGUGGCAGACCUGCUCUUCCUUCUCUGCAUGGCCUCCCUGCUCAGCCUGGAAACAGGACCCCUGCUCUCAAACAGCACCUCCGCCACCGUCUACGAGGUGAUAAAGAGAACCAAGUACUUUGCCUAUUUGGCAGGCCUGAGCCUGCUGACAGCCAUCAGUGCCCAGCGCUGCAUCUCGGUGCUUUUCCCCAUCUGGUAUAAGUGCCAUCAACCCCGGCACCUGUCAGCGGCGGUAUGCAGCGCGCUCUGGGCGCUGGCCCUGCUGAUGAACUUCAUGGCUUGUUUCUUCUGCAUCCCGUUCUGGCAUCCCAACCGAAACCUGUGCUUCGGGGUGGACAUGGUUUUCAACAGUCUUAUCCUGGGGAUCUACGUGCCGAUCAUGAUCACGUCCAGCACCAUCCUCUUCAUCCGCGUGCGGAAGAACACUUUGUUGCGGAGGCGGCCCCGGCGGCUGUUUGUGGUUAUCCUGGCUUCCGUCGUCGUGUUCCUCACCUGUUCUCUGCCCCUGGGCAUCCACUGGUUCUUACUCUAUUGGGUGGGACUGCCAGAGGAUGUGAGGCUCCUGUGUAUCUGUGUGUCACGCUUCUCUUCGUGUUUCAGCAGCAGCGCCAACCCGCUCAUCUACUUCCUUGUGGGCAGCCAGAAGCACCACCGGCUGCAGGAGUCCCUGGGUGCUGUGCUGGGGCGGGCACUUCGGGAUGAACCCGAGCCAGAGGGCAGGGAGACACCAUCCUCAUGGACUAACGAUGGGGCCUGA